UUUGGGAAAGUUUCAGCGCAAGUUGAAAAAAAGACAGGACUCUCAACAAGCGGAGCGUUAGUGGUCGAGGUGAUAACUGAGAUGAAUGAAAGCCAUUAGAAUGAUCAUAUAUUUAUUGCAAAAAGAUCAGCAUUCAUUUGUCUUUCAUACGUGGAUAUCCAACCAAAACACAGCGAGAGAGAAAUAUUCAAAAACUAAGGAGUUCACAGCAACAGCGGUGGACGGACCUUUGAACUGGAUUCUGGAUAGUUCCGCGGACACGCUACAUUAAUCCGGCGACGUCGGCCAAAAGAGGAGGAGUUUGACUUUUGUUUUGCGGAAAGACCCUAGAGUCCGUGCCACACGUUCAGCAAAGGCCCCCCCACACCUCCUCCCUCAGGAAGCCCCAAAUGCUCAUUGGCCCGUCCAUCGAUGCCAGGGCGUCCUGCCUCGCCUCACAUGGAAAGCCGACCACUAUCCCGCCCGUCGCCGCCCCCCUCGUUACCAAGGAAGUGACAGCCAUGGAUACGCUGCCUCAGCCGGCCCAGGCGCCACAGCCUCCCAUCACGCCUCCAGCCCCAGCACCACCGGCGCCGCCACCACCUCCGCCACCUCCGCCUCCUCCUCCUCUACCGCCACCUCCUCCCCCCCCCGACUCCUCCUCCUCCUCCUCUUCCUCCUCGGUGCUGGGCUGCAUGGACAGCGUCCGGAGGAGCAGGCUGAGAAAGCUCAACUGGGAGCGGAUCCCCAAGGAGAAGGUGGAGGGACGCAAGAGCGUGUGGAGCGGCGCCGCGGCCGAGGAGGACGAGUUCCCCAUCGACUUCCACUCCCUGGACGAGCUGUUCGGCCAGAAGGACAGCAAGGCCCAGGACCGGGCCUCGGCCUGCAGGAAAGGCAGCCGCUCGUCCCUGCUGAUGCUGAGGUCCCGGUCGCCCCAGGAUAUCGCUGCAGAGCAGAUCUCCUUACUGGACCCGAAGAGGAGCAUGAAUGUUGGGAUCUUCCUGCGACAGUUUAAGAUGCCGGCGAAGGAGAUAGUGGAGGACAUCCGUUUGGGUGCGGGCGAGCACUACGGAGCUGAGAAGCUGGCAGAGUUCUGCAAACUUCUACCGGACAACGAAGAGGAAAACCGUCUGAGGCAAUUCAAGGGGGAGCGCAGCAGGCUGGGAGAGCCUGACCUCUUCAUGCUGCUGCUGGUGGAACUCCCCAGUUUCCGCCUGCGUCUGGAUGCCAUCAUCCUGCAGCAGGAGUUUGAUCCGGCGGUGACCUCUCUGUGUGUGGCAGCCAGAUGUCUUAGGGAGGCGGCAAGGGAACUAUUGAGCUGUCCCGAGUUACACUCCAUCCUUCGCUUGGUGCUGAAAGCGGGCAACUAUAUGAAUGCGGGUGGAUACUCAGGGAACGCCGCUGGUUUUCGGAUCUCUUCGCUACUGAAACUGGCCGACACCAGAGCCAACAAGCCGGGCAUGAACUUGCUGCAUUAUGUAGCCAUGGAAGCUGUAAAAAAGGACCAGGGCUUGCUGUCGUUUCCCAGCCAACUAGGCCAUGUCGGCCCUGCCUCCAGGUUAUGUGAGGAGUCUGUUUACGAGGACUUAUCAAAGUUGCAAAGCAGAGUUGUAUCCCUCAAGGUCAACAUACAGACGGAGCCGGAACUUGCGGAGCAGACACAACCCUUCCUAGAGAUGGCUGAUGACCGCCUAAAGGAGGCUGACGAUGAGCUAGAGGGCAUGAGGAUGUCGAGUCAGGCCCUGGUGGAGUUCUUCUGCGAGGAUGAAGGCACAUUCAAGUUGGAGGAGGCCUGUAAGGUCUUCAGCUCAUUCUGCCAACGGUUCCAAAGAGCAGUCCAGGAGAACGCAGACCGAGAAGUGAAGGAGCAGAAACGUCAGGAGAGGGAACGCGAGCUGGUUGAGAAGCGUCGCUCAAUCGCGGUGUGCUCGGGACCGGAGCUUGGCCUCAGCCUGGCCCGGGAAUCCCAGGGUGGGGACGGCCAGGACGACCUGGAGAGGAUGCUUGAGAAGGGUUUAAACCACUCCUGGAGCAGGCGGAGCUUGAGGAGCUCCGAUCUCCGCAGGUAUUCCCACCACCUUCAACCCAGCACCAAUCAUCUCCUGAACCCGCCCACCUUCAACGCCUUCCCAGAGUUGGGGACCAGCCCGACUUCAACAGGUGAGCGGCAGGGCAGCGCGUCUGGCCAUCGGACACCCUCUGGGCUUGGCGGCUCCGCAGAGUCAAACAGCAAGCAGGAAACUGUUGGAGGGGGACCAACCCUGUCUGGCUGUUAUCAAGCAGGAAACCAUAACAUGGAAACUUUCCAGGGCUCAAAUGUUGAGAAGAUAAAGCCAUCGACGCAUGAUGUUGCGUUCAAGGUCGCACAACAAAAUCCGGACAGCAUUUCCUACGUUUCACAGUUUCACUACGAGAAGAAAAUGUCACAAGCGCCUGAACGUUCAAAUAAAGUGAGUAAAAUCUCACAUGGACUAAUGGACUCGGAGACCAAUGUAUCGGCGUUCACUUCGUGUUCAAACUCUCCUGCUGCUGCAACCACUUCAACCCCUCCCCUCAGUGUUAAAAGCCAGAUUUCUACUGCGAGACAUAGGUUUGGCAUGCCUGUGACUGACUCUGCUUGUCCUACUCCCCCCAAAACAAAGGCUAAAGACUCUUCAGACACAGAAUCCUCACAGAACUCUGUUCACAUCACUGGAAUACAAACUCUUGGUGCUAGAAAGCCUGGCCAUUCGACGUACCACCUCAGCGAGAGCCAGUCCCAACCCUCUGCACACGAUCACGAUGCCUUACAGUCACAAAUGCUGUUUUCGCCUGGAAUGGAGCUCACUAAACAGAUGGUGACCGAAACGGCCUCAACACCGGGGAAAGGGAACUGGAUAUCCUCCGGUCUACCCGAGGCACACAAUUACCCCCCCGGCUCCCACAGCUCUGCGAGCAACGUCGAGAGGCCUUACCCGUGUGUGGGCGAGACACUGGAGUGCCACACACUGGUGAAAGGCUUGCGGUCUUACAACACUCUGUCUUCUCCGACCUCCCCUCUCCCGCGGCCCACACCCAGCCCGUGCUCCAAGUGGCGGAAGGAGAGAGAGGAUCUACAAGAGCUGAACGCCCCGGGGUCUCCGACUACUAAAGGGGAGGCACAAGCGACAAAGACCCCCGUCCGUAGUGGCGUGGGUGCCAAAAGGGGGCUUGUGUCGCGCAGUACAACGCCUGCCAACGGCAGUGGGAUUCCCAGGGUGCACUCUAAAACAGAGCCCUCCGGUCGGGUUGCAUCUCCCGCCGAUCAAACGGCCUCAACUCGCCCGACGCGCCUGGCUAAUCCUCUAAGCUUGUCCACGGGCGCGUCGCCUAUCGCUCGCUCCUCCGCUGCUCAAACGGAUGUAAGACGAAGCCACAGCGCGAGGGAACGGGUACAGCACGGAACCGAUCCGCAGGCUAAAUCUCUCCUGACCCGUAGGACUUCAGGCAGGUCUUUACCGGAGAAGGCCGGUACCACCAACAACAACAAUAACAACAACAACAACAGCCCAGCCUUCGUUAGAGGCACCCCUCUCCGGGUGUCUAAACGGCUGGCCCCAAACUCUGAGUCUCAAGGGCGUUCCCAGCAUCGCGCAGUCCAUAGCCCCACCUCCUCCGCCACGGCCAAGACCAUCCGCACUGCUGUUAUAUCGGCGGCCAGGAACAAGGCCGCGAAGGACACGGGCACAGAUGUGUCGCCUGUUGUAGACGGUAAAGUCCCAGCAGCCACACGCAUCCCCGGCCCCAAAGUGGCUCGUUCCUCGACACCUCAGCGACUAUGGAAGUGAAAGGAUUAGUAAUGAUGGUAAUGAAUGACCCGGGUCACUGGUUCUAUGUUUCUUUGUACUUUUGUAGUUCAUGAUGUCCUGCUGCACCGGUAGAUGGGGCUCACUAUAGAAAAAAAGAGAAACUAUGGUACAACUUGCUUUUCUCCCAUUGCAACAACUUGAGGCUGAAGUAGUGUUGGAUAAACUUUCAUAAGGAAAUCAUGCUUGAUUGUAAGUAUAGGUCAUGUAAGAGAAUCAGAUUAGAUCUGAAGAUCACUGUUUCAACCACUAUUUCUGUUACACACUUUUGUUCUGUCAAUGUUAUUUUUUAAGAAAAUUCUCUUGUCUUUAAAUUCUACCUCUAUACAUAUCCAAUACUGUCCAGUGCUGGCAUUAGGACAUCUCAUCCAAACCCACUGCCAUAUCUUCCCUAUAGAGUUGAAGUUCCUUCAAGUUGCCUUACGUGAACUUUGGUUUCAAACCGAGUGUAAUUAAAAUCUAGCUAUUUCAAGUCUCAAGGGUGUAAAUUAAUCAAAUAAAUGUAUGUAAUCUGUGCAUUGAUUCCUUCCAUGGUUUACCAUUUGAAUGCAUGGUAUUAUUGCUUGAAAGCAUCAGACUAUUAUUACCCAGAUAUCUAGAGGCUCUUGAUUGGCUCAUUUUGGUCCAAUCAGGUGCAUAUUGAACUUCAAUGACAUGGACACACUCCUCAUCAUCACUCUUAAGCACUUUACAAAUGUUAAAGGAGGCCAUGUAGAAAAGAUUAAUGUAUUUUUCUGAUUUGAUCAAAAUAUCUCCAGACUUAAUUUAAUAGUAUGGUAUUAACUAGUGAAAUCCCAUGUGUAAAGUAAAAAACGAUGAAAUAAAGACUGUAAUCAAGA